AUGGCGCCUUCGUUGGAGCCCUUCUUCAAGCAGGUUGACUCUUCCGCAGAGAACUUCAUUGAUCGUCUCCGGAAGGCUGUUGCAAUCCCUUCAAUUUCGGCUCAAGAUGAGAACCGACCGGAUGUGGUUCGGAUGGCUCAAUUCCUGGCUGAUGAGCUCACUGCCUUGGGCGCCGAGGUGCAACAACGACCACUAGGCCCUCAGCCUGGCAAGGAACACCUUGAACUGCCCCCUGUCGUCAUCGCCCGGUACGGCAACGACCCGAACAAGCGCACCAUCUUGGUCUACGGUCACUACGAUGUGCAGCCUGCGCUUAAGGAGGACGGAUGGGCUACCGAGCCCUUCGAGUUGACUAUUGAUGAGAAGGAUCGCAUGUACGGCCGUGGAUCUACAGAUGACAAGGGCCCUGUGCUCGGCUGGCUUAAUGUGAUUGAUGCCCACCGCAAGGCUGGUGUGGAAUUCCCCGUCAACUUGCUAUGCUGCUUCGAGGGCAUGGAAGAGUAUGGAUCUGAGGGUCUGGACGACUUCAUCCAGGCCGAGGCCAAGCAGUUCUUCAAGGAUACCGACGCGGUCUGUAUCUCUGAUAACUACUGGCUGGGCACUGAGAAGCCCUGCUUGACAUAUGGUCUCCGUGGCUGCAACUACUACUCCGUGAGUGUUGAGGGUCCUGCUCAGGAUCUCCACAGUGGUGUCUUUGGUGGCUCUGCCCACGAGCCAAUGACCGACCUGGUCAACGUUUUGUCAAAAUUGGUCGAUGCCCAGGGUAACAUUCUCAUUCCUGGUCUUAUGGAUCUUGUCGCGCCUGUGACUGAGGAGGAGAAGUCCCUGUACGGUGAUAUUAGCUACACUAUGGAGAACCUCCACGAGUCCCUAGGCAGCGAGACUGGUAUCCACCCUAAUAAGGAGCGCACACUGAUGGCCCGUUGGCGAUUCCCCUCCCUCUCCAUCCACGGUGUUGAGGGUGCUUACUCCGCCCCUGGCGCGAAGACCGUUAUUCCUGCCAAGGUGACUGGAAAGUUCUCUAUUCGCACCGUGCCCAACAUGGAGAGCGCCGAUGUGAACAAGCUUGUCUUUGACCACGUCGAGGCAGAGUUCGCUAAGCUGAACAGCAAGAACAAGCUGAAGGUCUGGCUGCAGCACGACGGCAAGUGGUGGGUUGCCAGCCCCAAGCACUGGAACUUCUCCGCUGCCAGCAAGGCCGUGGAGCAAGUUUUUGGAGUCGCCCCAGAUAUGACCCGUGAGGGUGGAAGUAUUCCCGUGACUUUGACUUUUGAGCAGGCCACUGGCAAGAAUGUCCUUCUUCUGCCGAUGGGAAGCUCAACUGAUGCUGCUCACUCCGUCAACGAGAAGCUGGACCGUCGCAACUACAUUGAGGGAACCAAGCUGCUGGGUGCCUACCUGCACUACGUGGCGGAGGAGCCUACCUCAGCAUAG